UUCGGUUCGAUCACCCAUGGACGCGGUGCGAGGAAGCGGUGCGACGCCGGCGGACCAGACAGUCCAGAAGACAGUCACGGCGGCCGCCGCGCUGCUCAACGCGCUUGCCAGGGAGUUCGUGCCCAUGGGCGCCGCCGCCGACGUGCUGAACCCGCUCGCCAAGGAGUCUUUGCCCGUGGGCGCUGCCGCCACGCUUAACCUGCUCGCCAGGGAGUUCGUGCCGUGGUGGCGCGUUGGGGGCGGAUCAAGGAGGGGGCUCUCCGCGGACGCGCCGGAGUUCGUCGUGACGCAGGGGCUCUACUUGCAGGAUCCCACGGUGGUCGGCUACCCUACGCGCGGCACCGGCGUCUACAUCGGCAAUGCCGUCCCAACGAGGACCUGGAGAAGAUCAAGGGUUAGCAACUACUCGCAACAGGGAAGGGCCAGGUAUUCUUACCGGGUUCAAAGGAUCCACGACAAAGAAUUUGUCACCGAAGAAAUGUUGGCUGGGCUCUUUGGGAUAUGCGGAGUCGUUGUAGAUUGUCGUCUUAGUGGAGACCCCACUUCUGGUUUUCGCUUUGCAUUCAUAGAGUUUCAGCAACAAGAGGAUGCAGCUAUUGCGCUACAUCUUGAUGGGAUCAUUAUAGGACUUCACCCUCUGAAGGUAGCACCAUCUAGGAAUGCAAUCGCGCCUAUCAAGCAUUCGUUUCUUCCUCAGUCUGAAGAUGAAAAGGAGAGGUCUUUAAGGACAAUAUAUUGCACUAAUAUUGAACAUAUGGUCACUGCCGCGGAGUUAAAGGACUUCUUCGAGAGACAUUUUGGCUCGGUUAGCAAAUUCAACAAAAAACAUCAUAUAUAAUUGUAUUCAUUUUUUAAAAAAAUUGCAAAAGAAAAACAAGUAUAAUACAUGUGUAUCCUUGUUUCAAUGGAUUAUAGGUUUCUCAUGUGAGGCUUUUGGGUCAUAACAACCAUGCCACUCAGAUAGCUUUUAUUGAGUUUGUGGAGAUGAUAAUCUCAAUCCAUUAUAUCUUCUAUUGUGUUAUAUAUUUUACUUGGCUAUAAUUAUAUGUGUAUCCAUCCUCGUACUUAUCAU